AGAACCUUGAGACGACAUGUUGUAAAUUGGAGCUAUAGAAAUAAACUGAACUGAACAUUUCUUCACCAAACUUUAACAAAUUUAUGCACAAGAGCAUAAAGUCAUUUUAAGAAGACAACAAGCUGAUUAGCAUCAGACAUUAGUUAUUAUAAACAUUACAUUAUAACGGUCGCAGGCCAUAGACGUCAUCAGUUCCUGUCAAGAUAGGUGGUGUUCUCUGGCACAGACUCACGUCUGAAACGAAAACUUAUAAACAGCACAAACCAGCAUCAGCGAAGCACUAAAACAACACCGGUCUGGUUUGUUUUGGAGCAAGCUGGGGGUGUUGUUGACGUCAUUGGCCGAAAUUUAAACUUAUAUUUAAUAAACCAUAACAGCACAAACCAAAUUUUUAAGGACACAGACAUACACAAAUGAAGCAAUAAACAAGUAAACCACUCUGGUUCAAUUCAGAGCAAAAUGGGGUGCUGGUGACCUCUGGAUGGCCUAAAAAAUGAUCUUUAAUAUCUCAGAAACCACAGCAGCAGCAUCAAAUCGGAAUAAUAAGAACUGCCUAAACUUUAAACAUCAAGAAGACAAAUAUGUUUUUCUACUGGUUUUCAGGGUCAACACUGUUAGAUGCCGCUGGCUUCAAGGGUGAUUGUGGGCAGUCAGUAGCCCAUGACCUUUACAUGACCUUUUAACAAACACUGGCGAGAGUCUGCUGUAUAAGCCUUCUUCGCUUCCUGCACCUUCUUCUCCUCAAAACAAAAGCUUGUUGCAGUUUUAAAAUAUUUUUUAGCAGCAAGACCUCAAAAACAGCGACGGGUCCCGUCAUAUUUGAUGUCGCAGUUACGGUGCAGAGAUGCACGUCAAUGACGUAACCCUACUGUCCCAAUUCUGCACGCAUAUAACCUGCGCACUUCAACCCAUACUUUUACAAAGUAAACACUUCAUAGAGGGGCGUAGGGUGUAGAGUGGGUACUCGGACAGAACCUUUGUUUCUGUCCUCCGUUGCUACCCGGAACAUAAUGCAGACGGACAGUUGCUAUAGGUUGCAGACGCUAUGCGGCAGCUCGAAGCUAACGGAGCUUAACGCAGUUUGAAAGAAGAAACGUCAUUAAAACGUCACAGUUCAGACUGACGGCUCCCUGUUCGGCGUUGUGACGUCAGCUUGGCUGUAACGUGAGCUGUGACGUGUUCACGGUAAAGGAAAACGUAGGAUUAGCUGCCAAAGUGCGAAGCUCAGCGGUUUAACGGUACGGCAACCGGGAGGGACAUUCAGAGAAGGCUCAGGUCAGGGUCGGAACCGAGCCGGUCUGGUCUGGUCCAGAACACUCCGUCGUUAUCAUGUCGGUCCAAGGAUCAGCAUGUCAGACUGUGCUCCAGCUGUAGAAGAUCCAGGUCCUGCUGGUCAUCCUGUCGCUCCUACCCGGCCCGCUCUGGCAUCCAAGGCACUGUCAGAACCGUUCGGGCGCCUCCGGUACCGGGACACGUCCCUACUGAUCUGGCAGCAGCAGCAGCUGGAGCUCCAAUCUGGACCGCCCGCAACCUACCUGACCCGAAGCCAGUCUGCCUGGUACAGCAGCUAUGGAAACCAGUCGGUACUGAUCCGGAACCGCAGGGGGCUGCACGGCUCUGAGGCCCAGUCCAGGAUCUGCAGCAUCAUGUAGAGCAAAACCAGGGCUCGGUUCAACCCAAACUACCUGAGACCAGACUGUGCAGGUUUAUAGACCGUGGUUCUUUAGAGGCCAGUCUAGUUAAUCCCUCAGCUCUGUCUGACAGGCCACAGGUCCAGUCUGAGAUGAUCUGCAGCCUGAUGUUGAUCCAAAUAAACCCUCAACAUGUUCCAGGAGCUUGGAGUUCCAUCCCGACCCCAGCUUUCUGUUUGGGAAUGACCCGGUUUAAGGGGUCUGUGCAUUUUUUGGACCGAUCAGCUCAAACUGAGACCAUCUGUAUCAGCUGAAUUCUUCCUGACGAAGACCGGCCAUGUUUGGAGUCAGACCUGCAGCUGCAGCUGGAGAUCCAGUUGCGAUUUGUGCUGUGGACCAGAACCUGAUAAAGGUUGCUUCAGUCAAACUGUGUAAGAAAUAAUAAUAAUAAUAAGAGAAACACCAUGUGACCUCCUCCUGACCUUCCUGUUGGUUCCCUCUGACCUUUGAGCGCUCAAUAAAUCAGUUAUUUCAUCAGUG